AUGGACAGAUCAGCUUUAAGGAAAAAAACCACUAACACACACAGACAGAGAACGGAUAGGUUCGUGCCACCACGCGAGUCAAUAGACGCAAUGCGCAGGCGCAAAUCGUCGCCUGUGACCUGUAACAACGUCGAUGUUUGGUAUUCAAAAUACUUGCAACAGAAGAAAUAUACAAUGUUUUUAGACGAAGCGUUUGGACUGGAACCGCUGAAUAUUCAAAACCAUCACACUCAACAACACUCUCGUUUAUGCCCAGCUCGAAACCAAGAGGAGGCUUACUUGCGACCCUGGCCUUGUAUACCGCGAGAUAGAAAAUUAUUGUCAUCGGCAGACAGCAUCCUAGAUUUACCUAGAUACAGCCUAGCCGCUUUUCCAGAACUUCUUGACUGGAGCAACGAUAACAUUCUGGUGGCAGCUCUGGGACGUAAAUACCACAAAUGGAGUUGGCGCACCCAAGGACCUAUUAACCAAGGUGUAACGAAGAAGGAAAUCUUUUGCUGUAAGUUUCACCCCAGAGGAGAAAUGUUAGCUCUAGGAACACAAGACAGAACAGCCGAGAUCCACGAUAACAUGCUAAGUAAAUGUGUUGGUUAUAGCAGCUGCGAAUGCUCCCAAGGAGAUAUCCUCACCUGCUCCGUCACAGCUGUGGAAUGGAGCCCGACGGGAAACUCUUAUGUUAUAGGAUGCUCUCGAGGGAUGACAACCUCCUACAGUCGCAAUAGUGAACCAAUACGCUGGAGAAGAGUAGCCCGUAAUGCUAUAUUGUUUCUAAGAGUAUCACCUGACGCUCGAUAUAUAGCCGUCGCCGCAGUUAAUUCGGACGCUUUACAUUUACUCUGCUGGCCUUCACUUGAGCCUUAUUCUGUUCUGGAUUCAAGUAAUUGGACUAUUAAGUCUAUAACCUGGCAUCCGUGGCGCAGUGCAUUGCUCGCCGUAGGGGCAGUCACUAACAAUAUUUACGCACAAAUCGGGUUAUGGGAUGCCCCUGCAGCGAGGUUCAGGGAAUACAAUCUCAGUCAUAAGCACUACUACCUCGACGCAAUGCUUUUCAGCCAUAGAACUGGUGAACUGGUUGUCAGCUUGUGGAACUCUGAUCCGGGAACUAAUUCACAACUGGUGGUGAUGAGCGAUCCUGAUACAGCUGUGGACCAGUGGGGUGAGGGUCAAACACAUUUGGAUCGUGUCAGGACCAUGGUCUUCAGUCCAGAUGGGACAAAAUUAGCGACGGCGACGUCGGGAGAAGACUUGAUAAUUUGGAACUUUCUUCCAGAAGAUAAUAAAAUGAAAAAGAAAACUAAAUGCAAAAAAUUCUUCGCUAUUCCCGUCUAUCUUGAUGAAACAAGUAAUGGUUAUUCAUUGAGAUAA